AUGGCAAAUCCUCAAGAAAGCAUCGGACAGCAGCCUGACUUUUCACGCCUUGCUGACUCUCUCCAAACUGCUGGUGAAGAAUUCAGCAAAUUGAGGAAUCUUCCCUUGAGGAAUCUUCCCGCUGUCAACUAUUGGCCCCGAGUCAUGCAAGCCAUCGAGGAGCUCUCUCAAGAGAUACAAGACAUGCGGACUGAAAUCAGCACCAAUAUCAACACCAACAUCGCAGCCAUGCGGACUGAAAUCGGGAAAGUCAACACGAACAUCGCAGCCAUCAAUACCGACAUCGCAGACAUCAAUACCGACAUCGCAGACAUCAAAGCCGACAUCACCGACAUCAAAGCCGACAUCAAGACCGACAUCAAAACCGACAUCAAAACCGACAUCAAAGUCAUCAAAGGGGGAGUCAAGGAAUAUGUUUCUCCCAACGACACCCUCUUUCCAGCACCGCUUCCACGGAAAUGUUUCCAGGCCGCCGAGGUCUCGGUCUCGAUGGUCACGAAUCUCGCUUCUAUCAAUGCUGGUUCACGCAUCCGCAGGCGUGGACUUUGGCUUUCUCCUGGUGGCACCUUCACGGCGAGCUUCUCUACCCGGCUGUUCCAGAACAUGAAUGGCAUCGCCGGCGUGCAGCCGCCCAUGGCCGGGAUCAUAUCAGCUUUGUUGGUCACGGCCAAGAAGGACAGCAAUGGUGCUGACACGACCGAUGAAUCUCCCACCUCAGCCCCGGUCUAUUUCUUGACGGUCACUGCCAUCUCCUCUCUUGCCCUUGGCUUUCUGCUAUAUCUGGAAGAGAAGGGCGAGAAAUCGAGCUCUCGAGUCGGGUCUAGUUCACUCUGCAUGCAGGCAGCUGUCGUGGUAGUCAUCGUCGUGGUAGCCAUAGUAGCCAUAGCAGUGGCCAUGAAAUGA